AUGACCCAAAACAUCCUCCCCUUGAUUCAGUCCAUAGAGACUCACAGAAACGACAAGUACCAGGAUAAGGUAAUCUACACUUACGAUGACCCCCCAGAAAUGUGGCACAAGGCUCUCGGCGAGAACCUAAGUUUUCAAUUCGGUCUAUUUGACGAGGCUGAGCUCAACGAUAAGCCGAAGCCUGGAUCCAUCGGAACGUCCGAGUUCCGUCAAGCUGGAGCUUGCCGCCAGCGACAGCUUGAUUAUUGCGCUGAAAUCUUAAACGACGACAUUAAGGAUCGCAUCAACCUCUAUUUCUGCAACGGCCAAGAUGUUGAUCUACUUCCCGUUCCGGAGAUACCCUACGACUUGGUCGUUGGCGAUAUCAACAAAUACAAGUCACCUAUUCCUGACAAGUCAGACAGGCUUGCCUGCAGCAACCGGAAGACUCCCGAGUACUUUGCUGGUGUCCUGGAAAAUAGCGGCUUUACCUUGCGGGACAUGCGAAUAAUGCCCUCCAACGCCGAGGUCAUUCACUGGUUCCAAAAGGUACAGCUGAAUAUUGAACAGCACUUCCCAAAUGGCGUGACAGGGCCUAUUCAGGAGCUGCACGAGAUGGCUCUUAGUUUUACUAAGAGCUUGGCAGCAAACAAGGCUUCCGUAUACAGCAUCAUCGCACAGCGUAACAACUAG